CCAUAUGGUGCAACCAUAAUUUCUUCUCCUUCAGACUUGACAUAUUAUUUCACCAUUUUUCCUUUGACAAUGUCAGCCUCAUCGCUCUCCAUGGCUGCCACAGCCACAGCUUCCUCCUCACUCUGCUGCAACAAGCUCUCCAAUCUCUCAUUCACCAACUCUGCCGUCCCCAUACCUACCCACUUCCCAUCGAAGCCCAAACCCCCAAAACCCCUCAAACUCAAAGCCCACCUCCACAACUUCUCUCCUUUCCCUCUCAUCUCUCUCCCACCCUUCCCCCGCGCUUCGGCCGCAUUCGACGGCUUGGAGACCGAGAAAGAUAGCCAAAGCACAGAACAAGAAGACCCAGAAACAGAAUCGAGUGAAAAUCAAGCAGAAGAAGAGGAAGAGGAAGAGGAAGAGGAUGAGCCAAAGGCAUUGAGGCCUAGUCAAGAAGGGAGGCUCUAUAUUGGUAAUUUGCCAUAUUCCAUGACUUCUGCCCAGUUGGUUGAAGUGUUUGAGGAGGCUGGCCGUGUGCUUUCUGUGGAGGUUGUUUAUGAUAGACUUACGGAUAGGAGCAGAGGGUUUGCGUUUGUUUCCAUGGGGAGUGUUGAGGAAGCUAAAGAAGCAAUUCGGAUGUUUAAUGGCUCUCAAGUAGGAGGCCGAACUGUUAAGGUGAACUUCCCAGAAGUGCCAAGAGGAGGUGAAAGGGAAGUUAUGGGCCCAAAGGUAAGGAGCAGCAACAGGGGCUAUAUAGACAGCCCUCACAAGCUCUAUGCUGGAAACCUUGGUUGGGGCCUCACUUCCGAGGGCCUUAGAGAUGCCUUUGCAGAUCAGCAAGGGCUAUUGAGUGCCAAAGUCAUCUAUGAGAGAGACUCAGGGAGAUCUCGUGGUUUUGGAUUCGUCUCUUUUGAGACCGCCGAGUAUGCAGAAUCUGCUUUGAGUGCCAUGAAUGGAGUGGAGGUUGAAGGGCGGCCUUUACGACUAAAUUUGGCCGCUGAAAGGGCUUCUUCCACUUCUCCUCCAGCAGAGAAAAUAAAUGCAGAUAACAUCCUUGACAGCAGUGAAUUACUUUCUAGCAUCAGCAUCUGAUGGAAAUAUGUUUCUGUUUACUCCUUGUAGUCCUUUUAUUUUUCUCCUAGUCUACAACCGUGUACAGGCUCCAUAUUGUUCCUGUCGCUGAGUUAUACACAAUGUACUUAUAGCGGAAUUGCCUUAACUGCACCUUAUGUUAAAAGGGAAAUUGUCGAAUAAUCCAUUGAUGAAUAUGAUUGUGAAAAAGCUUGUAAAACAA